CACAUGACAGCUGGCACACAAAAUGGCGGAUGUGUCCGCUCCUUCACAAUCACAAUUAAAUCAAGUAUCUGUCCAAGAACAUCUCUAUAAAAUUCUUGUCAUUGGUGAAUUUGGAGUUGGUAAGACAUCUAUAAUCAGAAGAUACACAGAAGGUACAUUUUUUCCAAACUAUAAGUUGACGAUUGGUGUGGAUUUUGCCUUGAAAAGUGUCGAAUGGGAUCAGAAUACAAAAGUAAAUUUACAAUUAUGGGAUAUUGCUGGACAUGAACGAUUUGGUCAUAUGACAAGGGUUUAUUAUAAAUAUGCAAUAGCAGCAAUUAUUGUUUUUGACUUAUCUCGACCAGCAACAUUUGAUUCGGUCUUAAAGUGGUUCAAUGACAUUAAUUCUAAAGUAAUGUUGGGAAAUGAACAACCAGUUCCUGUUAUGUUAAUAGCCAAUAAAUGUGAUAUUGAAGAUGUAGAGAUACAAAAAGAUGUUCUUAAUAAAUUUUGUGAAGAACACAACUUUAUAGCCUGGUUUUCUACAUCAGCUAAAAAUAACACAAAUAUUGAUGAUGCAAUGAAAUUUUUAAUUACUCACAUAUUGUCUUUACCUACGGAUGUUCAACAACCUUCAGAUAAUAUUUUACUACAUAGCGGUAAUACAUCAUUUGAAGAUUCAGAAAGCGAAGAUAAGAAGAGCACAAAAUCAAAUAGUGGUUGUUGUAGCUAGUAUUAAUUUAAUGAGGACAUGAUCAAAUUCAAAUACAUGACAGUUUUAGGGCUCCAUAUUUUAUAACCUGAUCUAUCAUCAGUGUCUUCCAUGUUAACUCCUUUGUACCAAAUCUAAAUGUGUCUGGUUCCACUGAGCAGAGGUGAUGUGGGUGUCAGGAUUAUAGGUCUGUCCUCUAUGCAAGCAGGUUUUUGAUAAUAUGAUUGAAUGCUUCAUGGCAUUGGGUUUUCUGCCUUAUUCUUAGAGUACCCCGCUCCAGGAGAAAAUUACCAUAUUAGUCUAAAAUGUUCUUGUGGUGUUAAGUCCAUUACAGCAGGCGGCAAUUGAGUUUCCUUAAAAAAUGAUGCAUGAUGCUGCCAUUGUAAUAUAAUACUUGUCAAAUAUAAAUUGGUAACUUACUUUGAAAUAGAUAAAUGGACCAAGAGAUACAAUUAGUUUCUAAUACUGAUGAUAGACAGGGAUUUUUUUUCUUCGGAAUAACUGCUAAUCAUUUUAUAUGUACUAGUAAUAAUGGUGACAGGUUUGUUUCUACAACUUGUACUUAAAUGAUACAUAUACAUGUAUAUUGUUAGUAUGAAUGGUUGUAUUUAAUAUUGCGUGCAAAUUGAAAAUAAUUCUUGUUUUACAGUAGAUAGAUGUUGAAUGUCAAAUACUUUAAAUUUACAACCAGUCAUAAAUCAUUUAAAUUAAGUGCUACUCCAAGGGUACCAGUUACGGCCCUUACUGUUCAAAUGUAUUAGAGAUGUAUUGUGGCGAUAAUGAGAUUUGUACAUAAUUAUGUGAAUUGUUUUUUGCUCACUUUUGAGAUGACAAAGAACUGCUUGUAUAUUGCAGAUUUAUGAAGAUAAAUUUCAAAAUCAGAUUAUCUGAAUAUAUACCGGUAUAAGUCAGAUUGGUGUUAUUAGUAAUAUUUAUUAUUCUGGUCAAAUAAAUGUCUCCCUAAAUUUGCAUUAUAAUAAUAAAUAUUUAUUCCAAUGUUUUCUUUCUACAUAAUGGAACUUGUCACUAUGAAAAAUGGCAAAGCAAUUAAAUUAGUAAUAUAUACUCAAUGACAAAUAGUCGAUCAGAUUAAAGAGAUGAGAUUUAGUUGAGUCUUAUAUUUUAGACUUCAUCCCUCCAUAAUUAUUCUGCAGCAGAUUUUUACUCAUAGUCUACGGGGAAUUCCUAAGUGUAUAAUAAGAAAGGAGUGGAAUAAUGGUGUUAUCAAUAUUUGAUAAAUGACACAGAAAUGAAUGAAUGGGGUUUAACCUCCUACUUUUCUGAUGACAAAUGGUCUUUAUAAAUAUUGGCUACUUAAGUUAUUACAUAUAGCUUAUUUUAUUGGCGCUAUUAAAGGCCAAUAUUGGUGUAGUCAUUAUCACAUAUGUGACAGAACUGGAUAAACACUUCCAAAUAUAAUUUUAACACAGAGAUCAUUGCUACAAUAAAUGUGUUAUAAAGCUUUCGAAGUAAUUAUUAGUCAGCAGAAAUUCGCCCGUGUAUCUGUUAUCACUUGUCACUUCAGUUAGUUAUAUAGAAGGAUAACUUGUGUUUUCCUUUUGUGUUCGUCAUUUCCCUUUCUUGAAAGCUUCAUAACCCAUCUAUCAUAGCAACGAUCUCUGUUUUAAAAUUAUAUUUCGAACGUGUUUAACCAGUUCUAUCAUAUAUGUGAUAAUGACUGACACCAAUAUUGUCCUUUAAGUCUGCCACAGGUGGAAAUAUAAAAGUAUCCAGUAUAAAUAUAUAGACCUAUAUUAACUGUGAUAAAAGAAUUUAUAUAAGCAAAUUAUUUUUACUACAAUAUUUCUAUAUAUGAAAAUUGUACUGCUUUUUGCUCAUUAGUUGUGUGCUAGAAAAAAACAUGUUAUUAUUAUAAAA